UGAAAAGAGAGCGGCAACCACAACGAAAAUCAUCGUCCCAACACCAACAAACCUUCUUCUUCAUCUUCAUUCAUCAACCGCUCAGAACAGGAGUGAAUUACACAAUUAAGAAUUUUAGAGAGAGAGAGAGCGAGCGAGGUUUAGAGAGAGAGAGUUAGAGAGAUUGAGAGCUUCUUCUUCUUCAAUCUUCAUUCUUGAGCUCAAUCCUUCUGCUUCGAUUUCCUCUUCUCUCUAAUCUGUUUGUGUUGGAUCCUUAUGAUCUAUCUCUCUCGCAUUCUGUUUAAAUACUGACGUCUCAACCAAUUCGAUUCUUCAUUCCGUUUCCGUUUGAGUCUGGAUUGAUGAUGGAGGCUUCUGUUAUUACUCCAGGACAGAUAUCGUUCCUUCUUGGAAUAUCUCCCAUCUUUGUUUCAUGGAUAUACUCAGAAAUCCUUGAAUAUAGGAAAUCUUCAGCUCCUUCUAAAGCUCAUUCAGACAUUAAUCUGGUUGACUUGGGAGGUGAGACAGUAAAAGAAGAUGAUCAAGCCGUUCUAUUGGAAGGAGGUCUGGCUAGGCCGGCAUCUGCAAAGAUUCAUAAUUCAUCCAUCACAUCGAAUUUGAUAAGGUUUUUUACACUGGACGACACUUUCUUGCUAGAAAAUCGUUCUACCUUGAGAGCAAUGUCUGAAUUUGGAGCGAUUCUGUUGUAUUUCUUUGUAUGUGACCGUACAUCUAUCCUGGCAGAUUCGAAGAAGAAUUACAGCCGUGACCUCUUUCUCUUUCUCUACAUUCUACUCAUCAUUGUUUCAGCAGCAACAUCUUUAAAAAAGCACAGCGACAAGUCAGCAUUCUCUGGGAAAUCUAUUCUUUACCUUAAUCGGCAUCAAACAGAGGAGUGGAAAGGAUGGAUGCAGGUUCUUUUCUUGAUGUACCAUUAUUUUGCUGCUGCAGAGAUAUACAAUGCCAUACGCAUGUUUAUUGCUGCAUAUGUAUGGAUGACCGGAUUUGGAAAUUUUUCCUAUUAUUACAUCAGAAAGGAUUUUAGUGUUGCUCGCUUUGCUCAGGUUAUUUUUAUUUACGCUGAAAACUUUUUCCACCUCCUAAGCUUUAUGAAUAACUCACCCCCUGGCGCUGAAAAGAGAUGGCGAUCAAUAACUUUUGUUAAUAUCUAUUAUUAUAUCCAGAUGAUGUGGCGGCUAAAUUUCUUCGUUAUCUUCUGCUGUAUCAUUCUCAACAAUGAUUAUAUGCUGUACUACAUCUGCCCAAUGCAUACACUUUUCACUCUAAUGGUUUAUGGAGCUCUUGGUAUUUUUCACAAGUAUAAUGAGAAAAGCUCAGUGAUAGCAGCGAAGAUUCUUGCGUGCUUUCUAGUUGUAAUUCUCAUUUGGGAAGUUCCUGGUGUUUUCAAUGCAUUUUGGAGUCCUUUGACAUUCCUUUUAGGUUAUACUGAUCCUGCAAAACCUCAACUCCCUAAAUUGCAUGAAUGGCAUUUCAGAUCUGGACUCGACCGAUAUAUUUGGAUUAUCGGAAUGAUCUAUGCCUACUUUCACCCCAAUGUUGAGAAAUGGAUGGAGAAAUUAGAGGAAGCUGAUACCAGGAAGAGAAUCUCUAUAAAGGCGUGCAUAGUUACAGUUGCCUUGUCGGUUGGUUAUAUGUGGUAUGAGUGGAUUUAUAAGCUGGACAAAAUUACAUACAACAAGUAUCAUCCUUACACAUCAUGGAUUCCCAUAACUGUUUAUAUAUGCCUGCGGAAUUUUACCCAGCAGUUCCGAAACUACUCCUUGACACUCUUUGCGUGGCUUGGCAAGAUUACCCUUGAAACUUACAUUUCACAAUUUCAUAUAUGGCUGAGAUCAAAUGUACCAAAUGGACAACCUAAGUGGCUUCUUUCUAUCAUUCCAGAAUAUCCAAUGCUCAAUUUCAUGCUCACCACAACGAUCUACAUCUUUCUCUCUCUUCGGAUAUUUGAAUUAACAAAUACACUUAAGGUGGCUUUUUAUCCCACAAAAGAUGAUCGACGUCUACUGCAUAAUUUACUUGCUGGUGUGUGCAAUUGGUUUAUGUUUAUACAGCUUCUCAUUGAUUUUCUUCGGUUUCUUCAUUUGAUGAUAUUACUGUGAAUGCAAAGAGCCAUUUCUACACUGUUUAUUUCCAGUUAGAAAUGUGCAAAAGUGAAAGGGAAGUGAAUUUUUUGGGUAGCAUAUCCAACUCGUUCGAUACGCUUUCAAGCUUCAAAGACGAGGCUGUAGAAAUUUGCAAGCACAGUGGUAUGUUUUAAACUCCCCCACAGAAGAAGAAAAGAUAUAUAUAGCCGAUUUUGGUGACGUAGCCUUAUCCUUUUAAUGUAUUAUAGUAUUCAAUAUUGAAGUUAUGCCAAUUUACAAAAAUGGAUUUCCAUUUCCAUCUGUUAAAUUAUUGAUAUGUUCGUCGUAUAAUAAAUUCUUCUUAGUAGUUUUGCCUCU